GUUGUAAAUAAUGAACUUUAGGAGCUUUACGAAGUGCUAUAACAUUAUUGGACGUAAUAUAAAUACACACAAGAAUGUGGAUGUGUUGUCUAGUGAUAAUUCUUGUGCCUUAUUAAUUUAUUUUAGGUGAUUUUUAAGAAGCUUAGUAGAAAUUAAAAUACGCGCGUUAGAGAGGUUUAAAUAUGGAGGGUAUAUAUAAAAUUAAUUUAGUCCCAAGUGAUCUGAGCGUUGAGGAGACAAUACUGCAGAUUGCAGACACUUUGGAUAAUCUCAACGGUAUCGUAGACGAUGUAUUUGCAAGGCUUACGACUCGAAUCAAGCAGAACAUGGAUAAGACAAUGAAACUCCACGAACGAGUAGAGAUGUCGAGGUCGAAAGUAGAGAAGUUGACCGGCAUGCAGAAAGCAAUCAAAGUCUUCUCCAGUGCCAAGUACCCGGCCGCAAUAACUCACGAACAUUACCAGUCAGCUUUUGACGCAGAUGGAUACCAGCACAAGCCGAAAAAGGUUACUCUGAGUGGAAAAACUCAGGGGCAGUUUAAUGAAAAGGAAUUGCAGGAGAAACUCCAUUUCUACCACGUGAAAGUGGCAGAACCUAAAGACUCAAGGCCUAAACCAGAUUUCAAUUUGAAUAGUAUGAUCGAUAAACUGUCGAGUGUCGGUGACUUACUCAUAUUCAACACUGACGAGAGUCCUUAUCUGGGCACUACUCGACCGACGGCAGCGUACGUGCCAACAGUGACCUCUAAGGUCGAGAGUAAGAGCCUACUGGAAGCGGCGCCCAGCUCUAUUGUCAACAGAGAUGUUCUGAAGCGUGAUGCCGAUGAAUAUCUGUAUGCACCAGGAAUGGGAAUGGUGCCGGAGCUGGAGAUGCCACUAGACCUUCCACACUUACCGGGUAUAGCGGGCGAUGUGCAGUUCUCAAACACUACCGACGGGUCGAUAGCCCCAUCAGUCGUGACGUCACCUGUGGCGCAAGUCAUGCCUGUACCGGAGUUGGAACUCCCGGACUUGAAAGAAUUACAAGAUGUUAGUGGACCAAAAGAAGAGGUGAACGUGCCUGUGUCAGUGGUGCCUGACAUCCCUGACGCGCCGCCCCCGCCGCCGCCUGCGCAGGCCUUACCUCCUCCACCACCGCCGCCGCCCCCUCCACCACCACCGAUGGACAUCGCGCCCCCCGCCGAUAUCCAACGGAAAGAGAAGGCUCCGUCGUCGACUCCUGCGCCACCGCCUGCAGCUGGUGGCGACGCCCACUCCAACCUGAUGGCAGCCAUUCGACAAGCAGGUGGAGCUGGUCGUGCCAAGCUCCGCUCAGCUUCCGAAUCCACACCACAGAAGGGCGGAUCGAAACCUAGCGGCGGCGAUCUGAUGGCGGAUCUCCACGCGAAGCUAUCGAUGCGUCGUCGAGGCAUCUCCGGGGCUGAGAGGGCAGGAGGCUCCGUCCUGCACACGCUGGCCAGCUACAUACCUGAACCUGACCAGUCCUCGCCUGCGCGGUCCUCCAGCGAGGACGACUGGGAAUGACCCACCACAGUAACACUACGGACUAAUGUAAUACCUUAUCUUAGUUAUAUUUGUUUUAAACUUACUAUGUAAACACAGGGAAAGUAAAUGCGAUUCUUUCUUACUCUUCGCGGAUCUAAAUGAACAAUGUUACAUUGUGAACUUAGCAGCCUGUUAUGGAACCCUGGUACCGACUCACAGAGCACAAAAGCUCACAGAGACCAAGAGCAUAAUUGAGUAGUUCCAUACUUUGCUCACAAUUUAUUCAUACUACAGUAAUGAACGUAAUGUCAAAGGGAAUAUCGCUCUUUAAAUGAAGUCGCUACCGAAAUAAUACAGCUGUAAGCGCAACUGCACCCUUUGAAGUGACGGACAAAAAUAAACCGUAUUCUCUACGGGCCAAGCUCGAGUUUUAUAUGUAUACAAGAAAAUAAAUACGUAUGUAUUAAGUUUUAAGUUAUGAAAGAGUAUAUUACUAUAGUUAAAAUUAAAGCGAAAUGUAAAUUUGUACAUUAUAUAUUGGAUGUUAACAGUUUGUUUAAAAUUCGUCAUAACCGCUUAUUUCCAAAUGCGGGUAUUUCUUCCCCGGUCCCCAAUUAGAGGAUCUCUUACGAUAAUUUUCUUGGUACUGCCAUCUGUAUGUUCUAAGUAAAAACACAUUAAUUUGUUCUCCGAAAACUCGUUAUCGAUUGUUGCUCGUAUAAUAGGUAUAUUUAUGUCCAUUCCGUAUUAGGUUUUUAUGUUACUCUAAUCUUCAUACCUUCUCGGAAGCAGUGGGACAUACAAUUCCGAAUCGAUUAGAGCUAACCUUUACAUUGACCGCAUCCGAAUACUUAGAACGCUCUAAUUUCUGUCUAAUCAAGGUGUUAUUGUUCGGGUUAUGCAAUGAAAUCUAUCCGAUUGUUUACAUUUGUGCACGAGCUGUUUACUUUAAGUGUUAGAAGUUGUUUCCUAAGAUUUUCCUUGAUUCCCGGUACGUUGACGUACUUCUCCGUGUUGUUUGAAUAAUAUUCAAGUUUUUGGGAACAUUUUCCUUGUUCUAGGGUAAUUGUUGAUGUUGUGUAGCUGUAAGUGCUCGUACACUAUUAACAUUCAGUGUCGAUGUGUUAGCUCCGUUGUCUAAUCUCAUGUUUACAUAGCUAAGGGAAUAGUGUAUUAUAUAGGUACGUAAUUAUGUCCACUCGUGGACUGAAAGCGAAAGGCUGAGUUGAUUGAUGUUCUAACUUUCUAAGUGACGUCAGUACGAUACGGUGAAUUAAAAGGAUAUAUAAAUAGUCUAGCUAAAUGAGUCAUUGUUAAUUAUCGAUUCAUUAUGUAACAUAAGUAAAAUACGCCAUUAGUAGCACUAGCGGUACAACACUACGUCACGGACUUCUACGUCACACCUUCAAGCGUUGUUGUUGCAUUCUCAAAUUCCUAGUAUACUGUAUGUUAAUUCUAUUGUAAUCGAAAGCCACUUUAAUCUAAUAUUUACAUAUUUUCAAAGUAAAUACUAUUUAUGAAAAAUAUUUUGUAGUAUAAUGUAAAUAUUUUCUAUUCUAUGUAUUUGUAACAUUUGAUCAAUUUCAAUUAUUAACAUGUAUUGUUGUUGGAUAAGCAAAAAGCCUCACAGGACCAAUCUAAUUGUGGCCGCGGUCGGCAGUAUUCCGUGAAAUUUUAAUAGUCAAGUUCUAUUUACAAACAGAGAUUGGAAAGGGCUCUCGUUCCGGGAGGUUAUUACGAUAAUCGUAUUUCUCACUAGUGACUAUCUCGCUUUCGUUUCUAGGAAGGUGCGCGGCUACAUUAACAGUGUUCCCCGCAAACUAUCAACUGGUUCGGCUGAUUAGCAUUUCCAGAAUUGAGAAAAAGCUGCGCUACGACAGCGCCCUACUAGUUGAUACGUUAGCUACAGCUUAACACAAAACUAAACAUUCGCCCUAGAUCUGAACUGUGGUGAUAUUGUAUGAAGUAAUAAAUUAUUCAUGUGCGAGCGUCAUUCCGAGUACUGCUAAAUGUGGACUAAAAUUAUCGCGGAGGACGGAAUCUAGGUUGUAGAGGAGCUUGUGAUGAUUGUGCCUACCGCGACAGGUGCUAAAUAUUUACGACAUUAGGAAUGGAGUAAUGAAGUCAGUUUCGAUGUCCAAACUAGAGUGUGAGUGCAUAGCGAGAAGUUAUUGUAAGGUCAAGCAAGACUGGUUAUUGUAGCGGGGAACUCGUCGGAGAAUGGUGUUGACGUAGUCGGCGAUACUUCACACGCGGCGCCCGCUCCGUGUUUAUUGGCAAUGAGUGAUAUUACGCAUAUCCACAGCAUCCAUUGCCAAUGUCCGCGCGCGCCGCGGUACUGUCCGGUGCAGUACACAAUACAUUGCAUUUCUUCACAUUAACAUUAUGAAAUUAAUACGUAGUUCAGAUUUUAUACACCGUUUCAAGUUUAUCGUUAGACCUAUAUUAAAUGUUGUGAUAAAUCUAAUGGAAAUAAUUGAUGUUUUAGCACUUUGUAUACUUGGAAGUCACUUUGUAAUUUGGGGAACGUCUUUGCGUAAAUAAAUAUGUACGUAGGUAGGGCAUGGUUGACAUCAAAUGAUUAGAACAAACCUACACAAUAUUCUUGUGGUAUUCUCGGGAACGUUUUAUGGUUUUAAUUAACCAUUCGUUUCUAAGAAUUUAAUAUUAUUUGCUAUCCAAAUGUUUCUUUUAACAUUUCUUGAUUAUUGCGAAAAUCUGGUGAGCUAUUAUACGUAUACGAGAAUAAUAAGAACGUGAAACCAUCUGAUUAGAAGCACAGCACGUAAGGUAAUUUAGGCAGCGGCCUAUUCGCGUGCUUUACACACCUGUGCUGCAUCUCCGCACGUGACGUGGGUGUAUUAUUGGAGAAUUAGGUAAAAUGGCGGCAUGGUGUGUCGCUUCAUUUUGUUUUGGCCAUCAGUAUGCGCCGGCCACGUGUGCUACAAACAGUUAUUCAUAUGAAGUAGCCGUUAACUCCAAUUUCUUGCGACUACGGAUUAAGGGGACGAUCGCAAUUACCCACUUUGUUUCAUACAACCAAUAUUAAGCUGUUAAUGUUGAUAUAAUCACGUUAUAAGAAAUGUAUUCUAUCGCUGUAUAGUCGUAUUGACGCUUGUUUCAGUAAUGUAAGUUGAAUGUUUGUACGACAUUUUCUAUCAGAUAAAGCAAACGUUCUAAACGAAUAGUUACAGUUGUUAAGUUUUCAAAACAAUCAAUUAAGUAAUGUUUAUCGGUGCCGUUAUAAGUAAAUUAAAAUUGUUAUUUUCCGGGACCACUUGGCGGUAUUCAAAAGUAAAAUAUUCAUAUUAACUUAAAAGAUGAUUGUCCUUAAACGGGUAAUGGGUAUUAGCGACCUUAAUACCUUUAUGGAAUAAUCCCUGUGUUAUUUAAAGUGGAAGGCGUGCUUCGAAUAAUACAUAGAUACGUUAUGUACGUUAGAUUUUGAAUCUUAUUGUUGAAGCAAUACGAUGUACAAUAAUGUCGUAGUGUUGUAGUGAUGGGUUGCGAGUUCCGUUGAACAUAACUGCCGCUUGCGCUGUUGGUAUAUGAAAAUAAUUAAUGUAAUAUUUGUUUAAGUGUUACUGUUGUACGAUGUGCUAGUAAAAUCACAAUAAAAAAAAACAUCGACGUUGAUCCUUGGUGCUUUAUGAAAAAUCAAAUUAAAUAGUUUUUAAAACUAUUGUAGUUUCGUGGCUGGGUGAUGUGAGGGCUGGAUAAGAGUUGGUUGCUCUCGAUAGCAGUGGUUCUUCUUAUCUUGUAAUUGAUAAAGUUGUCGAUGUUUUGGUCGUAAAGAUGGCGUUGUGUUUGUCCUCUGCUUGAGUUUCGCCUCACUGUAUGUCGUCGAGUCUACGUUGUCGUAAUAUUCCGUAAGAGCUUAAAAGCCGGGUCUUGCCUGUUACACGUCAGACCUCAAGCGAUCGUUCUGUGCGAUUUCCUAUAGUUUUAAAUUAGGUAUGUAAGUGUAAACCCGGAUAUUGCUUUUCGAACUUUGAAGUAGAGUCGAUACGAAAUGAAACGAAACUUUACGAGCUUUUCAAAGUGCACACAGCGCUUGUUGUUUUAGUGUGUAGUAGAGAAACCGCAGCGCUGCUGCUGGCUAAAAUGUAAACUAGAUUAUGUUUUACUUGGUAAAGAACCGAGUCCAGUUUAUAAUGAAAUUCACUUCGUAUCGAUCCUCUUUCAAUCGGGAAGUUUGAUAAUUUAGGCAGAAUUGCACAGUUACGUCAGAGAUUAUGUAAAAAAAAUAUAAAACGCAGCUGUCCGUGUGUGGGUGCUUUACGUAAUGCCAUUGUUUUAGCUUAUUUUAUUAUAUUAAAAGUUAAGUUUUAUCCGCCAAUAUUAUACGUAGGUGUAAUAUCGCAAAGCAUGCAAGCUAAGGGCUCCUGCACUGUAACAACAGGUUUUGUAAAAUAACGCGACAUUUUAUUACUUAAAUUUUAUAAUUAGGUGGUAACAGUAGUAGGGCACGGCUGCAGACGCGUCUGUGUGACGUGUGCUAAUUGAAUGGGUACACUCGCGGUCGAUGUCUAAUGUCAUUAGUUUCACCUCUAAUGCCGCCAUUCUCCGUGAUGUACUGUAAACACAAACAUGCAUUUAGAUAAAUGACAUCAUUUACUCAAUGCACCACAUAAUUAAAUUGCAAUUCCUCUAACUAGACAAUUACUUCUAAUGAAUUUUACUAAUUGAAAAACAUAAUACUUGUUUAUUAAUUGUAAUAAACUAUCGACAUAGACAUCGACCCGACUCUAGUAUAAGACUGAAAUCACAGAUAAAUAAUAUUUUGAAAUUAAAUCAUUUUAAAAAUCAAAUGUUUAAUGGUUGGGUAAGGAUAAGUGCAUAGGCCCGCUAACUUGUAAGCAAGCGUUAAAUAAAUCUGAGUAGUUAUUAAGUUUGAAUGGAUUCCGACUAACUUUUGUAGCUUAUCGGCGAAAUAAAUUAAAAACUAUGUUGAUAUUAUAAUGAAUUUAACGAAAUUAUGUAUAUAGGUAUAUAUAUAGAAUUUAAUGUAGAUGUUUCUAAUUGUAUAAAAACUUAGUGUAAAAUAUGAUGUACGAUUAAUUUGACGGCGUUGUCCACUGAGACGUAUUGUUGUACUCUGUUAAUCUGUAGACCCCUAAACAAAUUAGAGAGGCUUAAAUAAAAAACACAACACAUUUUGCAACCCCUUCAGGUAGCUGCAUCAGCCAAUUUUAAUCUCUAAUGCUUUCAACUUAACGGUUGGUUUGGCAAAAUCAUGCUUUUCUUUUACAAUUCUUAAGUCUAUCACAUAAAUCUUGGAAUUGGUUGAUGCAGCUGCAAAAACUUGUCAGAUGUGUUGUGUUGUUUACUCCAGACGUGCGUACAUCACGUGUCAAUGGUCAGCGCCGUCCCUAGUGAUACUUGCCUUCAUAAUUUUGUUUAAGUUUUGACUGACUGAUUUAAAUGUUCACGUGUUAUAGUUUAUAGUGACUUUUUUACACUCCAUGCAUUUUUUUAAGUCAAUGCAAAUAUUUUUUUUAAACUAUUUAGGUACAACAAUCAAUAGUCAACUACAUAUUUUUAAGAUGGAUUAGUGUAAUUUGUUUUAAUAAUAACGAUGUUUAAGUCAUUAAUUUAUUUACAGCGAAUAUUUACAGUAGAAGUGUUUGUUACUAUAGAAGUAUGUCGUUUGUCCUGAAUCGAAUCCAUGUAAAGCACUAAUCCGUCUCAUAGCUGUAUCGUGUAAAUAUAAAGUCGGUAUAUGUAACUGUUCACUGGAUUGUAUCACGUUGUCAUUUAUACGUACGUUUGUUGUAUGAUGGAUUUUACAUGUUACGAUGUAUGGUAUAUUCAUUCAUUAAUUAUAUGUAUAAUGAAAUUUUAAAUAUCUAAAACUA